AUGGGAAGAAGUAAGUGGCGUGAACUAAAAGGCAAGUUCAACACUAAGGAGAUAGAAAUUUUCGAUGUGGAUCGCCCUUCUCGUAAAGGGAAGAAACAAAAAACCAACGCCUCAGUUGAGGCUGGCAAACGAGAAUCUGACAAACGAGUUGUGAGGUCAAUUUGCCAAGGUGAUCUCGGCCAAGAAAAGAAGAAAUUGGCUGAGACUAUAAAGGCUUUUGAAAUAUCCAUAAGAUCAAAUAAAUCUUAUUCGGCCAAGGUGGAAGAAUUAUUGAGCAAGGUGAAGGUUAUGGAAAGAGAAAAAGAAGAAAAUGAAAAGGAAUGCACCAAGCUGAGAGAAAAGAUUGAAGAAAAAGAAAAGACCAUGUUGGAUUUGCAAGAAGAAAUUCAAAGACUGACGGAGCAAAACAAGGCUUGUCAAGAAGUCAUAGCUGCUGAUGUCGAGCGGGUUACUGAGUUAGACUCUAAGAACAAAAGUUUGAAUGAAGAGCUUCAAACUACCGAGUUGCAUGUAAUAUCAGAACAUAGAAAAGGAUUUGCCAAAGCAUUUCGGCAAACCAGAGUGAUUGCUCCUGAGGUUAAUCUUCAAGAGCUUAAUGUCAACAAGGAUGUGUUCGAUGGUAAAUUGGUUAAUAAAGAUGACUUACCGGAAGAUGUCAGUAGUGAAGAUUAA